AUGUUUAAAGUGAUAGCUAUCGCAUUAUUACUCGUGGCAGCCGCAGUUGCUGACAAGGAUGCUACCGUCUUAAAAAACGAAUUUAACAUUAAUCCAGAGGAUGGAAGUUACAACUAUGCAUAUGAAACGAGUAACGGUAUUAAAGCGAAUGAAGGAGGCGUUGGUGGUGUAAAGGUUGAAGGUGGCGCGGAAUAUGAAGUUGAUGGACAAAAAGUGCUGUUCACCUACAUUGCUGAUGAAAAUGGUUUCCAACCCACGGGAGAUCAUAUUCCAAAGAUUCCGGACUUGAUUGCUCGUGCCCUGGAGUACAUCCGCACCCACACGCCCCAUGACGGACCCUCACUAAAAGUUUAA